UCAGCUGAUGUAACGAUGAGUUCAGUUCAGAAUCUGAGAGAGUUGAUCAACGAGCGACUAACUGCUACUGCUGAAGAAAUAUUCACAGAGUUUGAAAAAACCAUCGUCCAGUACGAAGAAGAGAUCGAUCGUCAGCGCAGACUGCUGGAUAUCAUCUGGAAACCACAGAUAAAGAUACACACGACAGAUCUCCCACAACCAUUUGUUUGUAAGGAGGAGGAGGUUCUCGCUGAGCAGAAAGUCUUUAACCAGGAGAGGAACUCCAAUGUUGACCAGGAGGAUCCAGAGCCUCCACAGAUUAAAGAGGAACAGGAGGAACUCUGCGACAGUCUGGACAAACAGCAGCUUGUACAAAAUCAGGAGAUACAUGCCUUCAUGCUGAUUCAGUGUAAGUCCAAAUGUGAAGAAUUAUCUGGAGAAAUAUUUACAAUCUUUGAAAAAACUAUUGUCCAAUAUGAGGAAAAGAUCGAUCGACAGCGCAGACAGCUGGACGUCAUCUGGAAACCUGAAAUGAAGUUACACUCAAUGGAGCUCCCACGGCAAUAUGUCUGUAUGGAGGAAGAGGUUCUCACUGAGCAGCAGUUCUGCAAUCAGAAAAUGAACUCCAAUCUGGACCAUGAGGAUUUAGAACCGUCAUGGAUUAAAGAGGAACAGGAGGAACUCUGCACCAGUGUUUUCCAAGAUGACGCAGAGACUCUGCAGAUUAAAGAGGAACAGGAGGAGCUCUACACCAGUGUGGGUCAGGAGGACCCAGAACCUCCACAGAUUAAAGAGGAACAGGAUGAAGUCUGUACCAGUCAGGAGGGAGAGCAGCUUAUUCUGAAGCAGGAGAUUGAUACCUUUGUUGUCACUCCUGCUUAUGAGGAAAGUGAACCAGAACUAAACAGUGAGCAGCUCUUCCCUCACAACUCUCCUGUCAAGUUGAAGCAAAAGAAGAGAAACAGCAGUCACAGUAACAAUGUAGACAACUCUCCAGUGUCAGAGAGUCAGUGUGACACUGACACAGGGAAAAAGUCUGUAAAAUGUGGUAUUUGCGGAAAAACCUUUAAGUUCAUGUGCUAUUUAAAAAAACAUUAUCUCAGCCACACAGGUGAGAAGCCGUAUACUUGUGAAACUUGUGGGACAUGUUUCAGUCAAAGUGGUAGUUUGAAACUCCACAUGAUAACUCACACAGGUGAAAAACCGUAUCCAUGUGAAAUAUGCGGGAAAAAUUUCACUUUGAGUCGUAGUUUGAAAAUCCACAUGAGACUUCACACAGGUGAAAAGCCAUAUCCAUGUGAAACAUGUGGAAAAAGUUUUACUUUAAGUCAUGGUUUGAAAAACCAUAUGAGAAUCCACACAGAUGAGAAGCCGUAUGCUUGUGAAAUAUGUGGAAAAGGUUUCAAUUAUAGUGCUUACCUAAAAGUCCACAUGACAUCUCACACAGGUGAGAAGCCGUACAGCUGUACCUUGUGUGAAAAAAGAUUUUGUUACCCAUCAGCACUUAGAAAACACAUUAGAAGCCACACAGUUGAGAGACCGUAAUCCUGCAAAUUAUGUUGGAAAACUCUUGGGCAAAGUAGUAUUUGGUUGCGCUACAUGAGAACUUGUACAGCCAAAGAAGUCGCCGUCUGAAACAUUUUUGGGAAAACCUAGUUUGUAACACCUUGUGAGAAUUGGUUGAGUUUAGCAGAAAUGUUUCAGAUUCAAAGCAUUUGUAUGCUUCAGGAACGAUCCUGUGAGUAUAUUGCUUGUCAUGCUGUGACAGAUUACAGUAUUUCCCAGACCUGGCUUAAUUGUAACGUCACAACCUAAUUUCACCCCGUAGCACUGCAUUUUGGUUGUAUUCAUUUCUUUUUUUUCUUUUUUUCUUUUCUGCAUCAUGAGCGGGAGCAACGAUUGUCUUUGGCUUUUUCCUGCAGCGAAUACAAGUCACUGAAUUACUGAAUAGAAUCUGUCCAGACUUUGAAAAUGGUUUCAUAGACCCCUCUGCUCAAAUUCAUCCUAAACUGAUGCACAGCGAUAGGAAGAGAAGUCUAGUCUAAGAUCUUGGUCUGAUCGGACGUUUGGCCCCGAUUAUUUAGAAAUAUGAGGUGUAGGUGCAAACAGAUUAGUAAAUUAAUGCCCAUGAAUCAUUCUCGUUGAAAAUCAGGGCAUCACCUUCAAUUAAAGAAAAUAGAACUAAUGUAAAGUACAAUCUCAUAAAUCAAUCUAAAAAGAUACACCAAACUAUGAAUUUGAUGCUUUAAAAUUGAAUAUAAAAACGACAGUCCACAUUACCACCUGAACUGCUUGAUUGAAGAAUUUCAGAGUUCUGUAUAGUAGAGGUUGGCAGAGUAGUUAAAGCAAAACAUACACAUAUAACAUCAUGUACUUUUCCCUUUGAGGCCAGUUCAGAAAAUGUGUGUGAGCUUUGGUUAGAGAAGAGAAAUUUACGUUUUGACCUUUUGUGUAACUUCUAUUUUGGGUUGUGGCAGAGCCGAAUACCCAUUCACGUAACCAUAAAGACAUCACAACAAAUACUGUAAAUACAAUUAAAACAGCACAUGUACAAUUAACAAAAGCAGCCCUGUAUUAAGCCAUAUUAACUGUUAGGCUACACUCACUGUGUAUUUACCCAGUUAUUAAAAAUACUCGAUUUCUACAUGAUUUGAUAACGCUGCCUGGAAAGAAUUUUAAAAUCUCCAAUAAUUGAGGUGAUUUUGUAGAGGUAUGCAAAAUACAUCUGCCUGGAAAAUAAAUACAUAAAUAAAAACUGCUGAAUGGCUUCUCACUGUGAAGAUUGCUUUGAGUGCAAACUGUUUGGAGCCUUGCUCAUAUGGUGUGACACUAACAAAGCCAUCCAUCCAGAAUAGCUUUUGCUUUGGAUGACAUUUAGAUCUGGUUUUGUACUCUUCAUGCAGAGCUUUGUAGUGCUGAUUUAAAAUGUUUUUAAAAAAUAGUUGUGUUGUGGCAACAAUUGCAGGACAGAGUACAUGUUUGUGGUCAAGUUUAUCCUUUCUCAUCAUUAUCAAAAUCACAGUUUGCCUGUUUAUCAGAAUUACUCAAAGGAUUUUAUUGCACUUUCACAUUUAAAUAAACAGAGCAAUGCUUUUACUACCA